GACCCUUUUAAACCCAAAGUAAUGAACUAAACUUUAUCAAACUAGAAAGAGAGGGAUCGAUCACAGAACCAUUGAGCUGCUUCUGUUUAUCAUUUGAGAUCAGCAAAUGUCAGCUACUGCAAUGACUGCUCUCCCUCAGUUCAGUGGGCUAAGACCCAAAAUUUCUGCAGUCCAGUUAAGAGCCUGGUUAGCAGCAAUUCAACCAAUGAGGCGCAAGGCAAAGGGUGCUCUAGGUGCUUGCUGUGAUUUCAUUGGAUCUCCCACAAAUCUGAUAAUGGUGACAACAACAAGCUUGAUGCUCUUUGCUGGGAGAUUUGGGUUGGCUCCAUCAGCAAACAGGAAGGCCACUGCCGGACUGAAGCUCGUAGUAAGGGACUCUGGCUUGCAGACUGGAGACCCAACUGGUUUUACUCUUGCAGACACUUUGGCUUGUGGCGUUGUUGGCCACAUUAUUGGUGUUGGGGUUGUUCUUGGCCUUAAGAACAUCGGUGCUCUGUAAAAAAAAAAAAAGGCAUUUUGUGUUGAUGCUCCUCUACCAUUCCUGUAUGUUUGCACCAAAAAUGCAUUGUUGUACCAAAUAAUUGGGGUUUCUUAUUGGUCUAAGUUGUAACCAUUUUUAUCGCCUUUAUCCGUCCCAAGAACAUUAUGAGAAGCCCUAGAUAAGCGACUUCACAGGAAGCAUUUUCCGGUUAUUGGCACCAGGAGCCGACUGAUCAUUGAUCUAAAUAGGAUUCUCCUGUCGCUAGACAGCCAUGUUGGAUCAUGAAAGUAACAAUUGCUAGCGUCACAUAUGGUUUUCUUUCCAUGUCAUUAUUCUCUAUCCUCAGUGAAGUUCUGCACGAUGUCAACUAUCAAGUCAAUA